CUGGAAUAAUGGAGGACUGCCUUUUCCACCCGGACUGAUGAUGUCUGUAUUUCUACUCUACUACCUGUUCUGAGAAAAAAAAAAACUCGUCAACAUUUCAGCGUGUGUGAGUUCGUGUUUGGCACUUGAGAAUUAUUUAGUUUGUUGGAAAGUAGGAGUAACUCUUAAGUUUGGGCACAAUAAACUGAUGGUCAGCAACAAGCCAUGUUUGCUAGUUGACUAGCCGAGAGCGGAGGCAGCUGUCAGAUCCGAGUCCGCUACACACUUAGCGGUUGUUCUACUUUCAAUAAAAGAGUAUCUGGUUUGAUAGGACGACUUGCACUGUCUAUAAAUGUUAGCUAAUUACAGUUUACUCCUGAAUAUGACAGCGGUUUAGUUCUUAUUGACCAUACUUUUAAUUCCUGAGACGCAGAGCAGUUAGCAUGUUAGCUAGCGCACUAACGUUAGCUAAAUAUGUUUCAGAGGAGCAGCGCUGUCAGUGGGCCACGGUGUGUGACAGACGUGGUGUUCAGCCAAUCACAGACUGAGCAUCAUAAUUAGUCAGGAUUGUGUCCAAUCAUCGUUACGCGGCGGGCCCCCAUGUAUUCUGGGUUUUCUUAGUAAAGUCCGUAAUGCAAGAGUUUAGAGUAUGUUGCCUGUUAGCUCAAAGUUGAACAUCUUCCCGGUUGGUCAACUCUACACGGAAAAGACCAAUAAGUUGGAAGUCAAAGAAAGAAGCCCAAGAUGACUACAGACACGCCGGCCCCAAGCGUGGGCUCCAGGAUAAUGACCUUCAACCCCUCCAAAGAGGAGUUCAAGGACUUCAGCCGGUACAUUGCCUAUAUGGAGUCACAAGGAGCACACAAAGCUGGAAUGGCAAAAGUUAUUCCACCCAAAGGCUGGAAACCUAGACGGACGUACGACGAUAUCGAUGACCUGGUGAUCCCCGCUCCCAUCCAGCAGGUGGUGACCGGCCAGUCAGGACUCUUCACCCAGUACAACAUCCAGAAGAAGCCGAUGACUGUCCACGAGUUCCGCAAGACCUCCAACAUGGACAAGUUCUGCAAUCCCAGAUACGUGGACUUUGACGAGCUGGAGAGGAAGUUUUGGAAGAACCUGACCUUCAACCCACCCCUUUAUGGGGCUGAUGUCAGCGGGACUCUGUAUGAUCCAGAUGUGACCGAGUGGAACAUCGGCCACCUCAACACCAUUCUGGACACCGUGGAGAACGAGAGCGGGAUCAAGAUUAAAGGAGUCAACACACCGUACCUGUAUUUCGGGAUGUGGAAGAGUGCCUUCGCGUGGCACACAGAGGACAUGGAUCUGUACAGCAUCAACUACCUGCACUUUGGAGAGCCAAAGUCCUGGUACGUCGUCCCACCAGAGCAGGGGAAAAGACUGGAGCGACUUGCCAAAGGUUUCUUUCCAGGGAACGCUCAGGGCUGUGAAGCCUUCCUGCGCCACAAGAUGACUUUAAUUUCACCCUCAAUCCUGAAAAAAUAUGGCAUACCGUUUGAGAAGGUCACUCAGGAGGCUGGGCAGUUCGUCGUGACAUUCCCGUUUGGGUACCAUGCUGGUUUCAACCACGGCUUCAACUGUGCCGAGUCAACCAACUUCGCCACCCAGCGAUGGAUUGAUUACGGCAAACAGGCCACACUGUGUUCCUGUCGUCAGGACAUGGUGAAGAUCUCCAUGGACGUGUUUGUACGCAAAUUUCAGCCCGACCGCUACAAACUGUGGAAGGCAGGGAAAGACAACGCUGCCAUCGACCACUCCAAACCCACACCGGAGGCUGCUGAGUUUCUCAAAGAAGACGAGAGCGAGCCUCCACAAGAGGCUCCCAGUGAAGCUGGAUCCGAGGAGCCCAUUACUCCUGUCCUGGAGGACAACAGUCCAAAGCCUCAGACUGGGACAAAGCGCCAGCUCGAAUCUAUUGAAGCCUUCGAAGACGUCAAACCUGAGCUGACGGUGAAGGACACGAGGACGGAAGAGGUGGAGCCAAAGAAGGCCAAGCUGUCACGCAAGGAGUCUCCGACUAAAGUCAAGCCAGACAAAGACACAGUGAAGGUCAAGACUGAGCCUAAGAAGGACAAAGACACCAAGCCUCAGACUAAAUCUCAGUCCAAUGCCAGCGCUAAGAAAACUUCAAACAGACAAAGUGCGUCAAAAAAAGAGAAGAACGGUGUGUCGGCUGCAGACGCGUGUCCUCCAGAGCCCGUUGAGAGCCGGGCGGGGGCCCCGUGCUCCCAGGAGGAGGAGGAGCCUCGGCUGGGCAGCAGCUGCAGCCCGGCGCAAAAGCUGUUCCAGAGGACGCUGAGCCCAGCGGACGUCCUGCACGUUCACAGCUACGCUAAAGGAGACUACGGAGAGGGAGAAGCCCCGCCCAAGGAAGACAAGAAGAGCGAGGACAGUGACGAUGAGACGGAGAAAGACAACAGACAUGUUAGCAAAGCACAGGUAGCAGAAGCAGUGGCAGGAGAUGGAGAGCCAGAGAGUGAUCUAGGACAGCUGCCAGGCCACCAUCCGCUCAUCAAGGACGGCAUGAGUGAUGAAGAGGCUCCGGAGGAGGCCCCCCCAGUGGAGGAGGGUGGUCUGGAAGGGGAGAGCUGGGCUAAACCUCUGGCUCACCUGUGGCAGAGCAGACCUCCCAACCUAAAGAAAGAGAGGCUGUACAACCAGCGCAUGGGAUCCAAAGCUCCAUAUUGCUCCAUCUGUACGCUGUUCCACACAUACCAGCAGACUGAAUGUGCGAGCGGCGUAGACGGUCCCGUCAUGGUGGGCAGUGGGCGGAUGCGGACCAAGCCUCUGAUCCCGGAGAUGUGUUUCACCACCACCACAGAGGAGGACUCUGAGUGUGAGGAGCAGCCCGUCACGCCUCACCUGGAGGAAGACGGAACCAGCCUCCUCAUCAGCUGCUCUCAGUGCAGCAUCCGGGUUCACACCAGCUGUUACGGUGUGGAUCCUGCCAGUGUGAGCAAGGAGUGGAAAUGUGCGCGCUGCAAGUCCAACGCCAUGACUGAGAAUUGCUGUUUGUGUUCACUGAGAGGUGGAGCCUUGCAGAAAGCCAACAACAACAAGUGGGUACAUGUGCUGUGUGCAGUGGCUGUGCUGGAGGCCCGCUUUGUCAACAUCACUGAAAGAAGUCCUGUGGAUUUAAGUGGAAUCCCUUUGCAGAGAUUUAAACUGAAAUGUUACUACUGUAAGAAAAGGAUGAAGAAGGUGUCCGGCUGCUGCGUGCAGUGCUCCCACGGCCGCUGUCCCACCGCCUACCACCCCACCUGUGCCCAGGCUGCCGGUGUACUCAUGCAGCCUGAUGAAUGGCCCUUUGUGGUGCAUGUCACCUGCUGUCGACACAAAGGCCCCACUCAGAUUGAGCGCAAUAAAGCAGCCAUGCACGAGCUGACUGUGGGACAGAAGGUGAUAUGCAAGCACAAGAACGGCCGCUACUACCAGUGUGACGUGGUGCAGCUGUCUAAAGAGACGUUCUACGAGGUCAACUUUGAUGACGGUUCCUUCAGCGACAAUCUCUUCCCUGAAGACAUCGUGAGCCGUGACUGUGCUCAGCUCGGACCGCCACCUCAGGGUGACGUGGUUCAGGUGCGAUGGACAGACGGCCUGGUGUAUGGGGCCAAAUUUGUGGCAGCACAUACCAUCCACAUGUAUCUGGUGGAAUUCGAGGAUGGGUCGCAGCUAACGGCCAAGAGAGACGACGUCUACUCUCUGGAUGAGGAACUCCCCAAGAGAGUCAAAUCCAGACUGUCUAAAGCGUCAGACAUGAGAUUUGACGGAAUCUUUGAAGAGAAGGAGAUCAUCAAGCAGUCAAAGAGGCAGAGAGUGAUCAACUCGCGCUACAGGGGGGACUACAUAGAGCCUGUGAUUUACAGAACCAUCAUGGAGUAGCCAUCACUCCCUGUCCGCUCACACACACACACACACACACACACACACACACACACACACACCACCAGCACUGACAGAAUGAACUGUGCUCACUGUUACCUUAACAUAGCAGCUAGCCACUAGAGAGUGUAGCUCCAGAUGACUUCCUUCAGGACCCGCUUGGACUGUUCUAAAUUUUUUUUUCUUCUUCUCAUUCAUCCAUCUUUGUUAAUUCAAACAAGAGUUUUGAUGUGGUUUGUCUGCGAUCAAAGAAACAGCAGGAUUUGUCAUUUCAGUUUUCUUUCCAUAGGAUUGCAUACACAGUGCAGUAGGCUGAGGUCCAACCCCAGCAGGACACAGAAGUAGGAAGCAAUACAAAGAAUGGCAUUUGUUCAACAAAGUAGCAUUUUGAUUUUAAUGUUAAAUGAAUUGCUCCUAAGUAAACAUUUCAAUUACCACAUACUUAUUUAAGUUUAAAGAGAACAUCUUCUUUGUCUUAUUUCUUUCCUGCUGCCAUUAGUGGCUAUGAUACGGAGCCUGACGGGUAUCAAUGGUGGUUCUGAUUUAUUUAAGUAAAAUUACUAAAGUUGAGCCUUCACAUGGCUGAAUAAAUUAACAUUCUAAUUGCAAUUAUUCCUUGAUUCCUCUUUUUUGCUUGGAAAAGAAAAAGAUUAAAACAAUACAUGUUUAUUCAUUUUCUUUUUAUUUGACUUGGCUGAUUAAUUGACUCACCAUUCAGCUCUAAAGAAGUUACCCUGAUACCCGCCACGCUCUGUAUUCUGAGGAGGCUCCAUCUGCCAUGCUAAUUUGAUGAAACACAACUUUAUUUAUGCAUAUGCACCAUGUGAUCAUUUUAAAUAAUUAAGUCCUUAAAGCUAAAUAUUAAAGACAAGGCCACAAUAUUACAGAAUAAUGCAGGACCCUAAAUGUGUAGUACUAUAUUGGUGGAUUACUAUUAGCUCGCUAGGCUAAAUUGGCUACACACUGUCUUUUGCUCUGUCUACUCCAUUAGAAUAGAAUCGGAGUAGAACAGACAUUCACAUUCAAAUCAAUGUAGCAGGAUGGUCAGAGCAGCAGUCAACGUCCACAUCAACUAAACCCACUUAUUGCAUGCAAGUGGUGGACUCACUGAGGUGAGGUUUUGCAGUAACGACUAAGACGAGCAGUGGAGUAGUAACUUUACAAAAAUCAAUAAGUAAUAUUUAACAACUUAAUGCUUCAUCCACACUCUCCUGUCACAGCAUAGGAAAAGACAAUGCUAUCAACAGAUAAGUGUAGCAUUAAAGUAUGAUAGAAUUAGCUAGUCAGCUAACUAGCGGACGGCUGUCGAGACAGCUUGUUUGGUAGUUCCACCACUGGUUACAGAAAAUGAGCAGAACAGCGGGUUGGUGGGCAGCGACAGCUCUGGGUCUUCAGGGUCCCUCCACCUCACUGCCCGUCUCUUUCUGGAGAAAGACAAGCUAACUAGCUAACUAGCCAGCCAUCUGUGUCCGGAGCUGCGUCCGCUCUCUUCCCGGAAAACUGCGACAACACUCUACAGCCUCACUGGCGUGUUGUCACCAUAAUAACUAACAAAAAUCGCCAUUUUCUUUUAUACUAAUCGAAUAACCAUGGAAAACAGUACGUUGUCCAUUUUAAUCCAAUUCUAUUUCUAGGGUCUGCUCCCAAUGGAUAUUGAUUAUCUACUUGAAACACAAUGAAAGACUUGGAUGAUCCACAUAGUCAGAGCAAGACCUUUCUUUACAUAGGAACAGUCCUAUUUUAGACAUACUGAGCUCCAGAGCGGAAUGCUGCAGACUUUACAUUAACAAUUUAAAAGUUUUUUACUGAAUAGUUUUGUUGUUUGAAAGAAUCCCCCUACAACUUCUCACACCUGCGAGUAGAAACAUUUACCCCAGCAUUCCGGACGACAUGAUUGUGACAAAUGGAUACAAAAAAUAUGAAUAAUAUAUGGAUGGAAUAUUUCUUUAAGUAGGAGCAAUGCCAUUUAAUCCACUGAUGCCUCCUCUUUAACUAUAACAAUGAUCUGCAUUCCUUUACAUUUCAUUUAGUUGAGCUUGUUUUUACCAGCCUAUUGAUUAAGGUGCUUUGAGAAGUCCACCCCUGCAUUACACAACACUGUGGACGUUGAGGUUGUUGAUGUAUACGUCUAUUUUUUCUACAGUAUAUAGACAAAUUUUAAAGAACCCAUUCAGAUUUUGUAUGCGCUUUGUCCACCCAAUUGAACACUCUCCUACUGAAAGUUGUGCAUCGCACUUUUAUUUAAGUCCAGUUUUUGAGGACGUAUAAAUAUAUAUAUUUUUUGCUGCCAUUACUUAUUUGUAAAAGAAAAAAAAAACGUUUUCGAAUGUUGAUUGUAAGUUUAUAAAAUGUCUUACGGAUUGCGCGCCCCUCAACCUCAUUGGUCACAUUGCACUAGUUACCGGGACAUGGUGGCCUUCGGAUGUCAUCAUUUACCUGUGAACUCGUUCUUGUUGCGACUGCGGACAGAGGAACAGUUAUCCGCUGCCUGUUUCAAUCAGUCCAGUGGAGAAUACAUUUAUUUUAUUCAUAGAGUAUCAACAGAGUUGUACAUGGGGAGGGGGGAUUUUCUAUUCUAUUUUAUUGAGUUGUUUUGUAAAACAUGUUCUAUGUGUAUCUUUCACAGAAACCUGUGAAGUGUAAAUGUCAUGUAGUCUAUUUUAAGAUGUUACCCGUUGACCCAGGAGAGGAGCUGUCUGUUCUCGUUGUCUUCUCCUGAAGAGAAAGAACUGAAGCUAUUUGUAAAAUGAAUUUGUUCGUUUCAGUAAAGAAAUUUGCUUCAGUGCUA